AUGGGAACCUGGCGCGAGGGAGGCAGGAAUUCCGCUCCACAGCUCCACAGCCUCCUCCUGCAACACCGGUUUCGGCUCGCUGCCCCGCACCUGCAGCGCCCGGGCAGCGCCUCUGGCCUCCCACGGCCGGCCGGGCUCCGCUCGGCGGAGCGCAGGGACACAUCCAAGCACCCGCCCCUCCCCCCGCGCUGCCGCCAGUCGGCUCCAGAGCCAAAGCCAAGGGCCGGGGGAAGGGGCCCCCCGGGACCCUGGGCUCGUUCCCCUCCUGGGCGCCUGCGAGGGGCAUCGGCGGCCGGGGCGGCAGGGCUGCCCCCGGUCCGUGUUACCUGCGCGGAGCGGGGCUCGCCGGCGUCGCCUCCCCGGCCGCGGCGGAGCGGGGACGCGGGCGCGCCGGAAGCAGACACAGCCGCGCGCUCACCUGCGCGCCCCCGCCGCCCCCCCGCCUCCUCCGCCGCCGGCCCGCACCAACUCCCGCCGCCGCACGGGGACGGCGGGAGGCGCGGGGCUGCCCGGCGGCCGCGGCCGCGCUCCCUCUGCGGGAUCUCACGGUGCCUCGGAGGAUCCAGUGGUGAACGCCUCCCGGCUGGGCCGCGACUGCGCCUCGGCGCGGUGACCAAGCAUUGGAACAGAUUGCCCAGAGAGAUUGUGGAGUCUCCCUCAUUGGAGAUACUGAAGAACAGUCUGGAUGCAAUCCUGUGCAGUGUGUUCAGGGCUGACCCUCCCUGGGCAGGGAGCUUGGACCAGAUGAACUUUUAUUUGCACCAGGGUUCUCUUGGUUCCCCUGACAGUAGUAAGAACACGUGUAACAACAGUGCUUCUGUAAAACCGUAUGAAGGAACAAAAGUUUGUUUCAGGUAACGCGAACUGCUGACAAUAUUUGUCAUCUCAUUCUUCACUGCAGUCAGCAUGAACAAACAUAGUGACACUGAAGAUACAACUGGAGCUGUUCUGGUACUGCCACAAAUAUGUAAAAUUAAUUAUUGCUUAAAUACUCAGAUUGAUUUUAUAACAAGGUCUUUAUAAAAUUAUAAAUAAAGUAUCAAAAAGUUAUAUGAUGUCUUGCUGACAGAGGAUUCACUCUUGGCAAUUAUGACACUGUGCCCUCAGUUUGCAGAACCUCUACUCCCAGCAAUACUUUCUGGGACAGAUGCUGCAAUUAAUGGAAAAAAAACAGAACCUAAUAUCUCCUUAAUUAUUAGUGUUGUGUAAUAGUUCUCAGAGGCUAGGCAGAGCUGAGUUGCCAAAGUGCUUGAGCAAUUGUGGGUAUAGCCAUGUUUGCCAUCCUCUGGACAUGAGAAGACCUAGAUCACAUUCAGUAGUUUAUGUGGCUUCAUCCUGAGGCAACCUGCCCCUUGUAAUGGAGAGCAUCCCUUAUGCCUUUGCCAGCUGGAAGCCUGUUGAGCCUUAGUCGGCCAACAGCCUUUGAUAUAAUUAAAUAAUUCUGCCUUCAAAGCAAUUUUAUCUCAGCCAAAUUAUAGGCAUUAGGAUAGCAGUGAUGUUGACUUUGCCAGCCAAGACUAAAAUUAGGUUGCAUGAUUUAUCUUGUAACUUGUUUGGGUGCUGACAGUGCCAAAUCUCUGCAUGGAUUCCCUGAGCUGCACUUAUGUGGGGGGAAAAAAGCUGGAGGAAAGAACAUCAGGAGGGUGGAAGUGUGUCACCUUUACUUCAUUACUGCUGUGCUUUUUUUAACAUGUCUGUGCCAUCCUGCUGAGAGGAGGAAAGAUGAUCUGUGAAUUCUACAGCUAUCAAAUUUCUUUUUAAAUAAAAACAUCUCUAAAGUUCUCUUCCACUA